AAAGAUUUGUUAACGACCUUUACCAACGAGAGAGAAGUGACAGGUGUACAUUAGUGUCUGUGAGUUCCAAGAUUUAUGAACUACUGCUGUCAUGGCUGACCUAUACACUGUACCAUUGGACACCCCUAUCAGUAAGCUAGAGGCUAGCCAAGCCUUCAAGGGUCUGACUAACAAGGAGAGACUGUACUGCCACUACCUAUCAAGAGCAGCUUGGGAAGGAGGCUACAUCUGUCUCCUCCAAACUUCUCCCGAGUCUGUUCCCCUUUUCCUGCUUCUUCAAGAGCUCUUUAACCGUCAGUCUGUGUCCUCCCUAAGAGCUGUGGUCAAAGACAGCUUCACCGAUGAAGAAUUCAAGGGCUUUCUGGUGUACGCUUGUGCUGUGUUUACUAACAUGGGCAACUAUAAGAGCUUCGGGGACACCAAAUUCAUCCCAUCUAUUGGCAAGGACAAGCUCCACUCCCUCCUGACGGCCAGUGAGUUGGGCAAGACUGAUCCUGACCUCCUCAGUCGACUCUGGGGCAGUUGUGUCGAUACCAUCUACUCCCUGGGCUCAAGGGAGAAACAACUCGGCUUGGGAGAACAGGGUAUCACGACCUACUACUCUCAGAACUGUGCUCAGUGCGAUGCAGAGUUUGUGCAGAAGUUCAUGCAGGAGAAGGACAUCAGUCCCUUCAAUACCAGGCUGUUUAAGACCACUACUGAUGGCGGCACUGCUCAAUACGAGCUCAGAAUGGCCUCUGCUGCUCCUGUCACAGAUAAACCAGUUGACGAUGCUGACACGGUGCAUGGUCUGCUGGGUAGUCAUCAGUUCGAGGGCUCCACCAUCGCAGUGACAAGGGGAGACUACUCUCCACUCAUGAAGAGCAUGGUCGACAACUUGAAGAUGGCUCAGAAAUACGCUAGCAAUGCUCACGAGGUCUCCAUGUUGGAAGGCUACAUCCGCAGCUUCAGCUAUGGGUCAGUGGACGACCACAAGGAGGGAUCACGACACUGGAUCAAGAACAGAGGUCCCGUCGUUGAGACGUACAUUGGCUUCAUUGAGAGCUAUCGUGAUCCAUUUGGUGUGAGGGGAGAGUUCGAAGGAUUUGUGGCAGUGGUGAACAAGGAGAUGAGUGCAAAGUUCACUAACCUUGUCAUGUCUGCUGAGGGAUUACUCAAGGAGUUACCAUGGAAACCCGAGUAUGAGAAGGACUCGUUCCUGCGUCCAGACUUCACUUCUCUAGACAUCGUGACCUUUGCCUCCAGCGGAAUCCCAGCCGGUAUCAACAUUCCUAACUAUGAUGACAUUCGUCAGAAUGAAGGAUUCAAGAAUGUUUCUCUGGGCAAUGUUCUUUCAGCCGCCUAUCAAGAUAAAGCAGUCUCGUUCAUCUCAGAUCAGCACCAGGAGAAGUUUGCCAAGUACCGCGGUCCAUCAUUUGAGGUGCAAGUUGGUCUCCACGAGCUCCUUGGCCAUGGCUCUGGGAAACUCUUCCAACAGAAUGAAGAUGGCACAUUCAACUUUGAUGUUACAAACCUCAAACAUCCCUUUACCGGAGAGAAGAUCAGCUCGUGGUACACUCCUGGGGAGACGUGGGACAGCAAGUUCCAGGCCAUGGCCUCCAGUUACGAGGAAUGUCGUGCAGAGUGUGUGGGACUCUACCUCUGUCUCUCUGAGGAUGUGCUAAGCAUAUUCGGGCACAAUGGAGAGGUGGGAAGGGACGUGACUUACGUCAACUGGCUGAGUAUGGUGAGGUCUGGUCUCCUUGGUCUGGAGUAUUACACCCCAGAGAUGAAUAAGUGGAGGCAGGCUCACAUGCAAGCUCGAUAUGUGAUCCUCCGAGUACUGAUGGAGAACACUCCCCCUGGUUGCGUGACGGUGCAGGUGACCACUGGAGCAGACGGCAAACCAGACCUCCUAGUAGAGCUGGACAGGACUCUCAUAAACACUGCAGGGAAGAAAGCUAUCGGAGAAUUCCUCGAGAAAAUUCAGGUGUACAAGUCCACUGCGGAUGUAUCUGCUGCUGAGGCAAUGUACAAUCACUACUCCUCCGUAUCUGAGGAGAAUGGAGGAUGGGUGAGCAUUCGAGAUAUUGUACUGGCCCGCAAGAAACCUCGACGAAUGCUUGUUCAACCGAUAACCAUGCUCAAAGGAGAGGAUGUAGAGCUCAAGGAGUUCGAAGCCAGCCCUGAGGGCAUUAUCGAGUGCUUCACUGCAUACUCCAAGCAGAAUACUCAGUAUGAUGAUACUCUAGAAUGUCUGUGGAAGAAAGACAAGCAUUACUGGAACUAGGGAAAACAAACUUGUGUAGAACUUACUGAAAAACCUGGUUGUGCAAAAAAUAUUUUAAUUUGUGUGCAAAUUAUGUGGUUUAUGAGUGGGUGUGGCUUAAUUGACUGCUUUGCUCCAUUGA